UCCGAGGAGCAAGUCCCCAGGAGAUCUCUAUACAAUCAACUCGGAUUAAUUCAAAUGGCUCCCAUAUGGAGUAAUCUCUCACGAUCAUCAUCUAGAACUGAUGUACCCUCACUUAGCAGCUCUCUACCCUCGAACGUACCUACACCAACUAGGAGACCAUCCGCAGACGCACAAGGUCCCUCCAAGAUAGAAAUAGAACCCGAGCAUGAAACUGUCGUAUUACGAGGUUUACCAGGUGAUAGCACUCCUUUCGUACUCCGUGGUGCCGUCAAAUUACACCUUAGCCACUCUACGGAGUUCAAAGAUAUCACUAUCCAAAUAUCAGGAAAAUGUAGAACUAAUUUACAAGAUAGACACCGUACUUCCACCGUCAACGACACUCAUAUCCUCAUCGAUGAAAAGAAAUCCGUCAUGACGAAAGCUGGAAAGCACCACCAAACACUCGGUGCAGGUAGACACACCUUCCAAUUUGAAUUCGAUUUACAUUCUGAAUUACCAGCAUCCUUCCAAUUAGUUAGCGGGGCCGCUUCUAUCAAGUAUAAACUUAAAGCUCACGCAUAUAGACCACAAAUUAUCCACAAAGACUUAUAUAACUCUCUGCCGAUCACUCUUUUGCAUGGUUUACCUUCAGAGGCCCUCGAGUUUUCGCAAACACUCGAUAUCGAGAACACAUGGCCAAAGAAGAUCAUGUAUGCGAUCACUUUACCUCACAAGGUUUUCGCUGCUGGUGAAUCGAUUCCCAUCUCAAUAAAGUUUACACCGUUGACAAAAGGCGUCAAAGUCACCCAAUUGACUACAAUCGUCAAGGAAUACGCUGAAACCCAGGGCAAAUUUAACAAACAAGAAGAUAACAGGAUGGUCACAACAGCUAGACACCAGUUUUCACCUGAUGGUGAGCCUAUACCUGUAGAGAUGCCUUUAUUCAGCAAAAGAACUGAUACGAAUGCCAUGUCGUCUCCUGGAACUAGAUCUGUACCUACAAGUCCUGCAGCAAGACCACAGUCAAAUUCAAACCUUGAAUCUGUUCGUUCGUUGGAUUUAUCAAAUCCUUCCUCAACUGGAGAAAGUAAUGAAAACCCAAGCUGGCGCAGACCACUUAGGAGGGCCAUGGUUGGUUGGUCGGAUAACGAUCCGAGAUUAGCUGAAGGACCAGAAGACUUAACUGAACUCAAUGAUGGUGAAGUCGACAGUGUGAUCAACGUUGACAUCCCAGCUACUGCUGUGCCAACUCAUCAAUUUUGGCCAGUACAGGUGUACCAUAAAAUUAAAUGGUCGUGCAUGAUCCAGAACCGCGAUGGUCACCAAUCAGAAUUGAGGUGUGCCUUACCAAUCCAUAUUCUAUCAAACAGACUAUUGCAGGAGAACGUCAUAGCAACAGCAAACGCGAGACGGGCGCUAUUUGGACAGUCAGCUGGAGCAGCCAAUCCGCAAACGGCAGAUGAAGCAGCUACAGCAGCUGCUACCGCUGAUUUACCAUCCUACUCUAACCACAUUUACGAUAGAGUUCCAAACGCCAACGUCGUUACUAGUGGUACAAUCCCGUCUGGUUAUGGCAAUCACACAUACUCGCCAUUGGGAGGAUCGCCUGCUCCAAUGUCGCCAUCGGACUCUCGACCAACCACACCAGGUGUGCCAAUACAAGGCUCAAAUCGAGGCAGCUCUGGAAUAGCAACUCCACCUGAUCAGCUUAUUGGUUCUUCGCCAAGCUCACCUACAAAUGGACGAACACUCCCAACGAGACCGCAAAUGAGCUGGGCAGAUAGUGAAUUUUACAUGAGUUUGGGUGAAAUAGCCAGAGCUCAGUCGAGGAAUGCCAGUAACCAGCAACAACAAGCAGCAAACACCAGAUCACCAGGAAGCUCACGUAAUAACUCUCGCAUGGGAUCGCGUCAGCACUCCCGCGCUUCAUCCCGUGCAGGAUCACCAGAGAGAGGGUUCCGGAAUGGUGAUCUCCUACCGCAAAGGCGUGGAUCUGACAGGGAUAGAAGAAGCAGCGAGCAGGAUAUUAGUCAGGCAAUAAGUUUGAAUGAUGAUGACGACGUACAACCACCUCCUCCAUCUGAAGCUAAGGAGAAGCCAACCAGGCCGUCAUUCAGCUCAUCCCACUCACUCAAUAACCUUUUCUCGGGACACUCCUCGCAUAAACUUUCUAAAAGUGUACCGAAAGCGCUUAAACCAUUGACAAGCUUCAAAUCACAUGGACAUUCGGCUUCAUCUAGCAAGAUUCACCAGCAAUCACCAUUAGCAAAUACAUCUCCCGACAAUGGUAAUGAGGAUGAUGAUGAUGACGUUAGCGCUCUGAAUAGAGUUCCUUCUUAUGACGUAGCCAGUAGAGGUUUCCUUGGUGGUGGUGUCGUGCCUUUACCUGAGGGAUUGCCAACGUAUGAUGAGUCACAGACAAACAUGCAGAGAUCAUCUACACUUGACGCAGGAUCAAUGCGAAAGCUGCGACAAGCCGCAGCGAACGAGAAUAUAGUUUCUGGCAAUACCCAGAAUCAGUCAUUGACCGAAAGUCUGAGCCAUAUGAAUCUAGGUCAACAAGGCAACAGCGCUGGCUCGGAAGGUAUGGUAUCUAGGCGUCCAAGCCGCGCAUCCGCCACUUCAAGUAGUAGUCGUCGUCCACAAGUCAAAUUUACACUUGAGCACGAUAGUGAAGACGAAGAAGGUGGAAGCUAGAAAAUCAUCCACACUUUGCGAUAAUUUCCUUUAUUCUCUUCAACCCAACAAAUGGACUGUAUCCAAUCUAUCAUCACGUAUUAUUUCUUAAGCAAGUUUGUUAUGUUCACUUUAUUCGCUUAAUCGUUUGUAGUCAAGAACCGAAAAUAUACAUAUAUUCAUU